AUGGGGGCCAAUUCGGAGUCCCAAAGGGAGGUGAUUUCGGAGAUGAGCCAGGAUGGCGAAGAGACUGGAAGGGGGUACAUUGGGGGGGGGGAUGACUCCCCCACCCCUACUUUGGGAAGAUUUUGGGCGGGUGAAAAGAGGGGUGUAAGGCGCCUCUCACAGACGUCUUCUGACGAGUGGGGUAGCAUCGUGGAAUUCGAUGAUGCGAGAAGUCUCAACCGAGAAGGAACAGGGGAGGAAAGGGGAAGAAGGGAGAAAAGGGGCAGAGAGGGCCCAGACAGUGCAGGUGAGACCCGGGUGCGCAAACUAAGCACUGCCCGCCGGGGCCGCGGUAAAGGGCGCUAUACGGGGCUCAGCGCCGCCAAAGCUCAGCUUGAGGACUACGAGACAGAAACGGAGACGGAAGCUGUCUACAGUCCCAAACCAAAACGACAGACGGGCAGGCGGUCGCGAAGCCCGAUACAGACGGAGGAAACCCCAGAGGGGUUUGAAACCCCUGGAGGCCGCAUCAAGGCCCUUGCAGAGAACAUCAUCAAGGAUGCGGCCAGGAGCAAAAACCUCAAGGGCGAAAUAUGGGGUAGCAUUAACGCUGCUUGCAAGGGGUUGAUAGAACUCGCGGAUUCGAUGGAGGAGUCAGAGGUUGUCCGCUCACUGAAAGCGGACAACGAAAGAAUGCGGAAGGAGCUGGGGCAGCUCCGUCUUGAGACGAAAGCGCUGCGCAAGGCUUUCUCUGAGCGCAAACAGACGGAGCCAGCAAGGGAGAGGACUGAGAUGCAUGCCCUCCUUGAGGAAUUGGGCAACCUCAUGGACGUCCGCCUGGGGAACUUUAGGAGCGAAAUGUUCAAGUCCCUGGGCAACAUGAUGAAUGCCCGCCUCGAGAGCGUGGAGGGACGGCUGCCCCCGGAGCCCAUCCGCCGACCACCGUUAGCGGCUGAUAGGAGGAGAAGGCUCCAGGAACAAGAGAUGGACCUAGACCAGACGGUACAUCAAACUGAGGUACCUAAUCCCCCAAGGCCGCAAAAUAGUAGCAAAGGGGCAUCUCAAACGGCGUCAUUCCAAGCUCCAGGAGGGGCGCCUCGAGUGGCCGAAGUGCCCCAAACGCCGCAGACACCGGCUGGGCAGACCCAAGCCACCAGGCCGGUACCUAAACCAAGAGGCAAAAAACCACAGCCGGUGGCCCCAGCUCCUCGGGUACCAAGGAGACCGGCUCGUCCAAGUGUGCCGCCACCUGCGCCCCCUGCUCCCCAACAGGAAGGAUGGACUACGGUGGUCAAGAGGGGCAAGGCCAAAGCCCCUUCCCAGCCCCAACAGCAGCAGAAGAACCCGAAGAAGGUGGCAGCCCCUAAAUUAGUGGCCCCAACCAUGGCGGCGGUCGUCGUGACCCUCAAGUCCGACGCCCAGACGGACUAUAGGUCGGUCAUGGAAAGGGCCACUACACUUAAAUUGGCGGAGCUCGGCGUUGACCACCUCAAAGUUCGGAAGACGGCGACAGGGUCGAGAAUCAUCGAGGUCCCCGGGGCGCAGAGUAGCCAGGCGGCUGACAAUCUGGUGGAGCGGCUCCGGAGCCUAGUAGGCGAUGUGGCCGAUGUUUACCGGCCAGUAAAAAAGGCAGAAAUUAAGAUCUCCGGCUUUGACGAAUCCGUCACCCCGGAGAUCUUAAAAAGGGAGGUGGCCGCCAGAGGCAGGUGCCCAGAAGACCAGGUGACGGUCGGGGCAAUAAGAAUGGCGGCCAACGGGACUGGUUCGGUCAUCCUGCGGUGCCCACUAACAGCGGCCAAAGUGGUUGUCACUGCAGGACGUAUCGUUGUUGGAUGGUCAGCGGCCCGUGUGGAGGCCCUUGAACAGUUGCCUCUACGCUGCUACCGCUGCAUGGGGACGGGACACACGAGGCCUCUGUGCCCGUCCCCGGUUGACAGGACCAACUGGUGCUACAGGUGCAGUAGACCAGGCCACAAAAGCCAGGACUGCACCGCGCUGGCCCCCUGGUGCGUAGUGUGCCAUCAUGCCGGGUUAAAGGCGGGGCAUGUGAUGGGCGGGAACGCUUGCAACCCCCCUCCAGUCAGAGGGAAGGAGGCCCACUCUGCCGGCCCCGCAAAUGCCGCAGCGGUUGCCCCCCAGAAUGGCCCUGAUAACCGGACGGAACAGCAGCCCAUGGAAGACUAA